AUGGCAAUAAUUAUCCCUGUAAAACUUCUUCAUAUGCCAUCCAUCCCACUGAACAAAGUUCUUCGACAUUUCAGUGUUUUAGAAUUAUUUGAAUUUUCCCAAUGCUCUCAAAAAGCUGCUGCCGCAAUCAAGUUAACUAAUACGAAGAAUUUUAAAUUGGAGUUGAAUUUUAACUUAAGUUAUGUUAGAAUCAACGACGAUUUCAAGUUUGAAGUGAAAAAACUCCGCGCCGAUGAAGUGGAAAAUGUGACCGGUUUCCGAACAUUUGAGAAAAAUCAGAACAUGAUUUAUAUGGACUCGAGGAACAAGAUGACAUGUCUGUGGGAGGACAGAUUUGCAAGAUUGAGGACUAUCUUCUCUCAUCUUUCAAAACUGUUCGGAUGCCCAACGUACUCCGUGAGAUCUGAUGCUUCAGUGCCGACACAUGCUUUUUUGUUGGUGAUGCAUGAGAUUAUCUCCCGUCAGUCUGAAAUUAAUGUUCUGGAAAUCGCUUGCAAGUCAUUACAGGAGAAUAACGUUAAAUGGAUUCUCGAAAAACUCACAGUUACCGAUGAACUAAUGUUGGGAGAGAAACUUUCGGAGGAUUUCGGAAAGAAUAACUCAAUUCAAUUUGUGGCAAAAUCUUUGUUCAUUUUCAACGCGAAAUGGGUCACCCCACAGAAACUGUUAUCUAUGAGAAACUGUGUAGCUAUCGAGCUUGACGGAUCCCUCUUGACCGAUCAAGAUAUCAUCAACUUCUUCGAGAAUUGGAAAUCUGGACAAUAUCCUAAUCUUGAGUUUCUAUCUAUAAAGAGUGAAAAGUUAACGAGAGAUUUGGUUCUUCCUGGAGCACUUCGCAUUGAAAGAGAUUUCGGAUGGUCUCAACCGAAGAUAAUUUGUGGCAAACAACGAUAUAUUCAUUGCGAUUUCCAAAUAUUAGCACAUAAUGGUACAAUAGGAAGUGUUCAGCUCGAUGAAUUAGCUAGGGACGUACAAUUCAUGGUAUCAUAA